GUAGCCAUCUGCAGCCUGUACUCCGGAGGAUGCACUGUGUCCAAGCCUGCAUGCUGUCCCCUCACAAGGCAUGACGUUGCGAGGAGGGGGAAACAUGGAUAGGGUGGAAAACAGCACAGAGAAGGAACAUCAAGACCCUGGGCUCUGGAACUUGGAUGAUCUGAUCACCUGCUUUGCUGAGGAGAAGAUCUGUGUGUCAUUUGGGCUGUGGCUGCUGUCCUCCUUGUUCUGGUUCACCUCUUUCUCCCUGCAUUUCUUCUUAAGGUGCAAACGUAAGUCGAGCUAUGAAGAAUCGGUGUUCUGGAGCAUAUAUGCUUUUUUUGGUUCUGUGUGUAACACUAUUGGAGCCUUAUUAUCAAGACAGCUUACCAUCCAGAUCAUCACUGGGGCAUAUAUGGCAUUGUCUGAUGUUGUACAUUUUGUGUUGACUUUAUUCCCAGCAUGUAACUCCAGAUACAGAAUAAGGCUACAGAGACAACAAAACUCCAGAAGAAAAUACAAGCCUGUCCUAUCUGCUCUCUCACUCUCUAUACUCAUAAGUUUGGGAUGUUGUUACUCCUUAGAAGAAAAAGACCUUCCUCCUUAUGAGCUGCCGCACCCUUCACGUAGAAGGUUACUUGGGACAAUGUUACAGGAAAAUACAGAUGUUGUGGGCUUUACACUUGGAAUUAUUGCUGUUCUGGUCUCCUGGACAGUAAGGGUGCCUACCAUCUCUAGAGUGUGCAAGGGGCUGAUGUUCCCAGUCCUUCAUGUAUGGACCGUGCUGUUCUCUGCCUUGGCCAGUUUGAUGUAUGCAGCUGCCAUCAUGUCACAUGAUCGCCGCCCAGAAUACUUUGUCAAAGCAAUCCCUUGGCUCCUUAUAUCAGUGGGUUCUGCUGCCCUGGAUAUUGCCUUACUAUUUCUAUCUUGUAUAAUGAAAAAUAAACUGGUACAACAGAUGGGUCUUGUAUUAGAUGCAACACUGGAUGAAGAAAACUGUGAGCUACUAGCAGAAGAGGAACUAAAGGCACGAGAGACUAAUGCAGAGAUUUCAAACUGGACACCGCUGAAUAUGGUUCCCAACAGAUGUAUAAGCAGCAAGGUAUCACUUGGACGUUAUGUACGGCUCAGCGUUGAGCAAGUGCAAGAGAAUGAUAAUAGAGCAGUGAGACUACCUGGGGAUGGACAGACUAAUCCUGGGCACGUAAAUCAGAAGGAACCACCCUGUUACCUUGACCUGUCUGUGUAUCCUCCUCCUCGUAUCACACACUACACAAGUUCCCCUUCCAGCUCUUCUGAUGCAUCUUCUAAUACUACUGACCUGGAGUGGGACUUUGAAGAUUUAGAUCAAAAUUGGAAUAAGAAUUCAGAUUUUCUCAGCAUCCAACCAAAUGAUAGCUCCGUCUUGAAAGCCAUAAACAUCUGUCCUGAUCAACCAUUCCCAUCCACUAUUUAUCCAGGAUUUAAAAGCCUUGAAUUGAUUACAAGCUAUAAGAAGACACCUGCAGACUCGACAAAAAUGGAACAGAACUGAAAAACAGAAAAUGGUUUGUUGACUAUGCAUAGGAAAAAGGAAGUUUUGACUCCAUUCUCUGUCAAUCGUUGACUUAUAAAAUAACUCUGUACUACACAACAUGUACAGCUUUUGGGAUGUAAACUGGAUAAAUCUAUUGGGAAAUUCCUUUUUGGACAACAAAACCCAGCACUUUAUGCUAUCGAUCUACAGCAAAAGCUUUUACAUUUAAAGGGGUACUUUGCCCUAGACAUCUUCUCCCCUAGCCAAAGGAACUUCGCUCCAUGCCGGAUGACUGGCAAUGCAGGACAGAAGCUUGUGACAUCACGACCACGCCCCCUCAAUGCAAGUCUAUGGACUGUCACACCCCCUCCCAUAGACUUGCAUUGAGGGGGCAUGGCCAUGGAGUCACGGACCUCCGGCGCUGCACCCGAUGCUCUAAACGAACACCGGGUGCAGAAGGGAGAUCAUGGGGGUCCCCAGCGGUGGGACCCCCGUGAUCGGGGAUAAGAUAUCUUGGGGCGGAGUACCCCUUUAAGUGUUGCACAUUGCCGGAUGUCACCAUCAGGUGCAUUAGCAUUUUUUGCAUUACACUUCGUGUUUUCCUGAAAACUGUUCGAAAUGAAUAGUGGCCAUUUGUUUUGUAUGCAUUAAUUUCCCUUCAUUUUCAACCAUCAUUUUCAUUUUCUUGGAGUCUGAUGUCUUGCAUAAUUAUCCCCUGUUUCAGCCUAUAAAUUAAAA